UUUGUGUUCUAUCUGUUGAAUACUCAAGUGAUAAUUCUACAUUACAAUUUGUUAAAAAUAUUAUGAACUUAGUUUUAGAACUUCUAUGCACUUUUUGUGCGUUGAUGGCGGUAUGCGUCGCUGGACAAGAUUUUUACUACGAUGAAAGAGGAAAGACAUAUGUCAUUGAUCCUUAUGGUAAUAGACGUUAUUCUGGAUCUGAAACACGAUACACACCUCCUCCAAGACCUGAUAGACCAAAAGAAGAAAUCUUGAAUUUUGCUAUAAAUUUAUUCAGAAAUGUUGAAAAUCAAGGUGCACGCGAGAAUUAUGUUGUGGCACCAUUAUCACCUCAAAUUUUGCUAAGCUUUUUAGCGAAUGAGUGUUCAGGUGACACUAAAAAACAAAUUGUAGAUGCCACUGAGUAUAACAAUUCGAAAGAAUUAGAAAAACUUUUGAAUAAAAUGCAAGGAGAUGGAACAAAAAGAGAGCUAAAGAUUGGAAAUGCAUUUUUUGUCAAUUCAAAAUUACAAAACAGUUUGAAAAAUUCAUUUGAUGUUGUAAUAAACAAAAAACCACGCAAUAAACGUCCAAUUGAUGGUUUUGCAGUCGAUUUUAACGACAUCAGAGGGACAAAAAAGACUUAUAAUGAAUGGGUUAACAACCAAACACAUGGUGCCCUCAAGGAUGUUCAAUCAGAUUUCGAUCAAAAUACAGAAUUGUUAUUAGCAAGUACGGUGUAUUUUAGAGGGCAGUGGCUAUUUACUUUUAACUCAACUCAGACGAGUGAUUUCAAUUUAAGCCCGAAUGAAACAGUUCAAGUUGAUACAAUGAGAAUCCGCAAAAAAUUCCAUUCUGGCACAUUCGAUAAUAUUAAGGCAAGAUGGGCUGCUAUUCCUUACAAUUCAACAGAAUCAAUGAUCGUUGUUAUGCCUAAAGACGGAGAAACAUUAGAUAACGUGAUUGAAAAAAUGACUGGAUAUGAUAUUAAAGAUAUUGUUGACGUAGUCAUCGGUUAUCCAACUUUGAACUUUGUUAACAUUACUUUGCCUAAAUUUAAACUGAAAACCACUGUACAAUUAACAGAACCAUUGAAAAAGAUGGGAAUUAAUGAUCUUUUCACACAAAAAUCAACUUUAAAAGUUUAUGACAAUGGUCCAACUAUGAAAAUCGGAAGUGCUUUACAACAAUCGUUCUUGGAAGUCGACGAAAAUGGAAGUGUUGGAGCAUCAACCACUACAUUUAGUGCAAUUGCCUUGACAGUUCAACCUGAAACCAAACAUACAGAUUUUAUUGUCAAUCAGCCAUUUGCUGUUUUCAUCGUUGACAGAAGAUAUGCCGUUCCAUAUUUUAUGGCAAAGAUUUAUGAUCCAAGAAAAUAA